AUGUCUAGUACAGUGAGUUCCGACUUGGACGAUAUUUUCCAAUUUGUUAAGAAUGCUGAAGGGAAGUUUACACAUGAUUUAUGUGAAGUUAAGGAAUCACCAUUAGGUGGCCAAGGUGUAUUUGCAAAACAAGAUAUUCCAAAGGGGACCACAUUGUUACAAUUGCACAAGAAUAGUAUAUUUUCUGCAUCUAAUAGUACUAUUGCAAAUUUGUUAAAUGAUGAAGAAAUUGAUGGGAUUCUUGCUUUGAAUAUUGCAUUCAUAUAUGAAACUACGGUAUUCAUGGAUAAGAGUGAUUGGUAUCCCUAUUUGAAGAGUAUUAAAAUUCAGGAUGAAAACACUGGGAUAGUGAAACUACCACCUGCUUACUGGGAUGAACAGGAUAAAAAAUUAUUACAUGGCACUACAUUAGAUACUCUAUUUGAUGCAUUAACACCACAGGACGAAGUUCAAAGAGGCUUUGAGAUUGCUAUUGAUUUAGCCGAAAAAUGGAAUGAAGAAUUUGGUCUCGAGAUUCCAAAGGGUUACCUCGAUGUUAAUAUUCAAGAUGAAGGAGAUAUAAGGACAAAAUUUAAUAAAUUUGUUGCAGUAGCAUAUGCUAUCUCUGCAAGAGUGUUUGAAAUUGAUGCAUUCCAUGAGAGUGCAUUAGUACCUAUUGCAGAUUUAUUCAACCAUCAUGUUGUUACACCUGAUUUGAAAUUUAUAAGUUUAUUCGAUGUAUGUGAUUUGUGUGGUGAACCUGGAAUGUGUAAACAUAUGUUAGCAGAAGAAUUGGAAGAAGCUAAAGAAUUAGAGAAAGAAAAAACCCAUCAGAAUGAAAUUAAUAAAACUUCAAAAAAAUCAAAGGGAGGUUUAACAAAGAUUGAUGAAUCGAUAAUUGCUAAAUUAGAAAAAGACCUUCAAAAGGAAAUGCAAGAACAAAUUCUUGAAAAAGAAAAGGAAAAUUCCAAAGAGAAAGAACUAGAUCCAGAUGAAUGUAUUGAUAUGACAACUACAAGAGAUUUAACUGUUGGUGAUGAAAUUUUUAAUUCAUAUGGUGAAUUAUCUAACAUCUUCCUAUUGACAAGGUACGGUUUCACUAUCCCGAAGAAUCCAUACGACGUAGUACAUUUAGGGUCUAGAAUUCUCGAUCUAGUAAGGAAUGAUAAAAAUUUAAAAGAACGAGCUUUAUGGUGGUCAGAGACUGGAUAUGGAAAAUAUAUAGAUUGGUUCAAAGAACAAUUCCCUGAAGAACUUGAACAUGAGCAUGAUGAAAAUUGUGAUCAUGAUCAUGACGAACACGAGGAAGGAGGUGAAGAUGAGAUAGAAGAAGAGGAUGAAGAAAUUGAAGAGGAUGAUAUCGAUGAAGAAGGUCAAGAAGAAGAAGAAGAAGAAGAAGAAGAAGAAGAAGAAGAAGAAGAAGAAGAAGAAGAAGAGGACAAACCAUGGUUAUCAGAAUUAGAAAUUGAUUAUCAUGGUGAGCCAACACCGGCUCUAUUGGCUACAUGUAAUUUAUUUAGUAUGGAACCUGAAAAGUUUGAACAAUUUUCCACAAAGAUUAAUACCGAACCUCAGCAAAUGGAAGUAUUGCUUGCAUUAGAUAAUACCAAAACAAACAACCUAUUUAAGAAACUUGCACAAGAGUACCGUGAAAGCUUACAAGAUCCAUCAAAGAUUGAAGCCACAAGCAUAAUCCAAGAACAAAAAGAUUGUGUGAAAGCCCUUAUUGAAGCAGAGCUUAAUAUCUUGGGAAAAUUUACAUCGACUUUAAAAGAAUAA